AGACAGAUUGUGUCAUGACCCCGAGGGAGCAGCUGAGGAAAAUGUCAGCGCUUGGGGAACAGGGGGCACUGGAGGAGAAGCACUGGUACCGCCUGGUCAAUGGGAUGUCUGCUGGAGAGCUGAGACAGAGACAAGAGAUGAUGAUGAGGAACCAGAUGGCCAUGGCACCUCAGAUUCUGACCCAGGGGCAGCAGAGGCAGUUCGAACCUCGCUUCAUGGAGAGAGAACUGGGCCCCCCCUCUGAGAUGGUAUCUUCCGAUGCCAGGCAGAUGCACAUGGGGGCACACCUCGGCCCCCCCCUACAGCCACACGCCAACAUCAUGCCAGGGAGGGGCUUUCCUGGAGCGGCAGGAUACGGCUUCCUGCCCGCAGAGCCCAUGGAAACAGUCGCUCGACGUCAGGAACUUAUUCACAAGCAGAACAUUGCCAGAAUGGAGAUGAAUGCCAUCCUGCACCAGAAGGAGAUGGAGAACGCCCACCAGAAGGGCCUGAUGGGGCUGGAGACCCAGCUGUACCAGUCUAACCCCAUGGCGUUCAGAGGACGUCAGCGCCUCCCCGACGGCCACGACGUCUUCGUCCACCGAACCACCCUGGAGGACCUGCAGACCAACAGCCUUCUUAUGUCCUCCAGCCCCUACCCACCAAUCAGCUCUCUGCAGAGGGAGAGGGGCCGAAGGGUAGGAAGGAGGGCGGCCAAUCAGAAGAGCACAGAGAAUCACAUGACCGGGCCGAAGAGCCAAUCAGAGGACAAGAGUAUGGAGCAGAGUCCUGGGGCUGCUUCUGGGGAGGAGAAGGAGGCGGAGGGGAAAGGGGACAAUGGAGUGGAGGCAGCAAGCAGCAAGACUCAAACCAAAAUGGACACCGAGCACUCGACAGGAAGCAGAAAGAACUACAAGGAGGCGGAGCAUGCCCUGCGGAAGAGUCAGGAGGGCUGCUCCGACUUGCCCAACUGCAACAGUGGUGCCAGUGAGAAAGACUUGCCCAGUCAAUGCUCAGCUUUCCAGGAGAAGUUCAUGUGUGCUGCUGGACCCUUGGCUGGGAUGCCUUACAUGUUCCCAGUCCCAGGCAACGGGUUACUUCCAACAGUACCACCCAAUCUCUUUCUCAACGGAGAUGAUGUUUCCUCACUGGAAGACAUCAGGAAGUGGACGAUGGAGGAUGUUUACACCUUCAUCCAUAACAUACCCAGUUGCUCCGAAUAUGCUCAGACAUUCAAGGACCACAUGAUAGAUGGAGAGACUCUGCCACUCCUGACAGAGGAACACCUGCUGGAUACGCUGGGUCUGAAGCUGGGACCUGCCCUCAAGAUACGAUCACAGGUGUCUCGCCGACUGGGAAACAUGUUUUACAUGAUGAACCUGCCGCUCUCUGCCGCCGCCCUGCAGGCAACCACCGAGAAGACAGGAGAUAGGUCCUCAGAGAUCAGCUCUCCUGCCAACUGCAACAGUGUCGAGAUGAUGGGAAGUCCUUGCACGAGGGACACAGAGGUCCUGAAACCUACAGAGCAACUCCCUGAAUCAGAGAACCUGUCUCCCCCUUCUGCCAACAGUGAGACUGUCUAA